AUGGGGUUUGAUCGCGGGUGGGAGGAAGAUGCUCUCGCGUAUAGACGGUUGUUGUGGGUACUGGGUAACGAGAAGGAGAAGGAGGAGGAGGAGGAGGAGGAGGAGGAGGAGGAGAAGGAGAAGGAGAAGGAGAAGGAGAAGGAGAAGGAGAAGGAGAAGGAGAAGAGCAUUGCACAAGAUUCAACGGGUUCAUCACUGAGUCGUUAUGGAUUCCAGCUCGGUCUGGCGUAG